AUGGAGAAAACAGGACUUCCCCAAACAAAUAGCUCUCUAAUUUGCAUAGUUCGCCAACCUACGGGCUCGAAAGGCAUUUUUCUCGGCGAGCAUCCUUUGCACUAUUCCACUCCUGUCCUCAUGGCUCAACUCUCCAUCUCCGCGAUUCUUACCUCCACUUUUCAAUAUUUUCUUCUACCAUUCGGCGAAACAACCUUCACUUGCCAGACCCUUACGGGUUUGAUAUUGGGACCGUCGGGGUUAGGAAAGAUUAAAGAUUUAUGGUCAAUGUUAUUCCCUAAAGUAAGCUUCUAUAUUGGCGACACCAUCUCUUUUUUUGGCCUUACAUUCUUCCUAUUCCUUGUUGGUGUCAAAAUGGACAUAACCAUUGUGGCUAAAUCCGGCAAGAAAGCCAUAGCAAUUGGACUUUGCAAUUUCUUCGUCCCUUUAGUCUUAAACGAAUGUCUAGCCCUGUUCUUAAUGAAUUCCUUUCCCAUGGAUCCAAUCCUACACGGCUCAAUAUCGUGGGUAGCAACAUUUCAAUCAAUCUCAUCAUUCUAUGUAAUCAACGGUGUUCUAACCGACUUGAAACUCUUAAAUUCAGAAAUGGGCCGGCUAGCCACAUCAGCUUCGAUGAUAAGCGGCCUUUGCACGUGGAUAUGGUGCGCGAUCAUUUUCACGUCACGUCAGAAUUACAUGUUGGGUAAACCGAACACUACUGUUGCCGUGAUGAUACUAGCCUUGGGGAUGAUUUUCUUGAUAUCGUAUGUUCUCCGACCAAUCAUGCUAUGGAUGGCACGAAGAACGGGGGAUGAGAAGGCGGUGAGCGAGAGUUACAUUUCAGCGGUUCUCAUCAUGCUUUUAUGUUGUUCUAUGAUGGGUGAAGCUAUAGGUCAACAUUUCAUGUUUGGUCCGAUGGUUCUAGGGUUGGCAGUGCCUGAGGGCCCGCCUUUGGGAUCGGCUCUUGUGACGAAGCUCGAGGCGUUCGUAUCGUUGAUCUUGCUUCCAUUAUUCUUUGUGGUGAAUUUGGUUUCGGUGGAUGUAUUCAAUAUGGAGCCAAAUCGGCUUCAAAUAUUAUGGACUAUGACUUCAUUUGGAUUCAUUUGGAAAAUGAUGGCUACCAUUGUACCGUCACUUUAUUGUCAAAUGAAACUAAACGACGCUGUUGCUUUGGCACUUAUUCUAAGUGUUCAAGGAAUUACCGACAUUCUCAUCCUCAAUUGGGCUUCACAUCUUGAUUUCUUGGAUUCCGAUACAUAUAAUGUGAUGGUCGUGAGCAUUCUCAUUUUCACGUCGGCUGUAACACCGAUAAUCAAGAUUAUUUAUAAGCCAUACCGGAGAUAUGUAGCCCGUCACCGUCGGACGGUUGAGCACGCUGCUAAAAGCGUUGGGGAGCUUCGAAUGUUGGCUUGUCUCUACAACCAAGACCACACUCCGUUGAUUAUCAAUCUUCUAGAAGCUUCCGCUCCCACCAACAAGAAUCCGAUUUGUCUGUUUGUUGUCCAUCUAAUCGAGCUCGUUGGUCGGGCAGCGCCAGUUCUAGUGUCUCAUCGGAAAGGGAAAUUUGUCUCGUCGUCUUCGUAUUGCCCUCAAAUUAGUUACUCCGAACAUAUUAUACGUGCUUUUCGGAUCUACGAGGAUAAUAGUGAGCAAUCUGUCGCCAUCUCCCCAUUCACUGCGAUUUCUCCUUUUGCUACCAUGCAUGACGAGAUUUGUUCUCUUUCUCUUGACAAGAAGGUUUCAAUGAUCAUCCUUCCUUUUCACCGGUCAUGGAAUCUUCAAGACACGAUGGAAAACAAUGAAAAUUCGAUCCAAGAGGUGAACCGGCGAGUCCUCGAAUUGGCACCAUGCUCCGUCGCCAUACUCGUGGACCGAGGAAGACUCGGAGGCGGGAUCGGUUCAACGUUCAAUCUCGCCAUCAUAUUCCUAGGCGGUAAGGACGAUCGAGAAGCCCUUGCAUUUGGGAUUCGGAUGUCAAAACACCCUAAAGUUCGUCUUUCGGUGGUGAACUUGAUCGAUUCAGGGAAAGAUGGAAAGCGCAUGUCCCCAGACUCCGACCGUGAUAGCAUUGUAAUGGAGCGGUUUAAGGCGAAUGAAAAAGAUAGGUGUCGAUACAAGGAGGAGUUAGUAGGGGAUAGCGUUGACAUUAUAAGCGCAAUGAGAACAUUUGAGAAAGAUUUUGACAUGAUUAUGGUUGGAAGGGAUCAGAACUGCGAUACAAGAUUGUUGAUCGGAUUGGCGCAAUGGAGUGAAGCACCGGAGUUGGGAUACCUUGGGGAUAUGUUGUCGUCGGUUGACUCGAGUUGUAAGGCGUCAGUUUUGGUGGUGCAGCAGCAGAGUCCGGUGAAGGGGAUAUUGAAUGAGGAUAUGGAUAGCCCUAAGUCAUGUGCUGUUGUGGAUAUGCCAUUUGUUUGGAGUAACAUGUACAAGAGUUAG